CGGCCCAGGGCGCGCCGCCUCCCAUGCGCCGGAGGCCGCGCAGGGUCUCAGCCCUCUCGCCCCCCCCUCCCUCCCUCCCACCGAGAGCGCCUCGUCGCGGGGCGCCCGGCCGGGACGCCGGGCACGGAGCGGUGAGGAGAGGCCGGGCGGGGAGCCCCGCGCCAGGAUUUGUGUGUGAUCAGCACUGUGCUGUACCACAGUGAAGAGGUAUUUUUCACUUCAAGAUACCUUGCAUUAAAGGAUCAUGGUAGACAGUUUAAUAGUUUCUUUGAGACUUCUCAGUUCCCUAGCAGUGUUGGGAUUUCAGUUUGUCAUCCCACAGCCUUCAAUUGAACACAGAAAGGUUCCCCAGAGGAUAGAAGAGCAAGGAGAUGCGUCUGAGGACAGCAGUGCAGGAAUCCCAGGCAUGUGGGGCAACUGGGGCCCCUGGUCUGCCUGCUCCCGGAGCUGCAGUGGAGGUGUGAUGGAGCAGACCCGGCCCUGCCUCCCCGCCUAUUACCGGGAGCGGGAGCGGGAGCGGGGGUACCGGCGCCCGGGGCGGCAAUUCCCGGCCUCGGACAGGACUCACCACAGCUCCCACCACGAGGACUCGCUCUCUGCCUAUCCCGGCCACGUCAUUUCUGCCAUCCGCACAUCCGUGCCGCUCCACAGGAACGAGGAGCAGCUUUGGGCUGGGCUUCGUGCCCCUGCCCCUGCCCGGAACAGCAGCCACGGGGGCAGGGGCACACCGAGGGGAAGCCGGCACUCCCAGAGCCAGCAGCACUCCCAGAGCCAGCAGCACUCCCAGAUCCAGCAGCACUCCCAGAUCCAGCAGCAUUCCCAGAUCCAGCAGCAUUCCCAGAUCCAGCAGCAUUCCCAGAACCAGCGGCACAGCGCCCAGGCGGAAAAGAGAAGCAGAAACAGAAAUCCUAUUGGUCCGGGAAAGUAUGGAUAUGGAAAAGUGCCAUACAUUUUACCUUUACAAACUGACACUGGGCAGCAGCCUCAGAAACUCCGGAGGCAGCGCCAGUCCUCGAGGAGCCACGUGUUCCACCCGAGCCCGAGUCUCCUGAGCACCUACAGCCAAGCAGCUGGGCCUCCAGUCCAACAUGGGAACCUUUAUCAAGAAGCAAGUGGGCCUCAGGCAGGACAUCAGGUCCUGGGACCCUCAGUUUAUCAGUCACCAUCGUUUCCUGCAGCUCAGAGUCUGUUCCAGAGCAGUGACCCUGUGUCAGCCCAGGCCCUGCAGGGGCAGCCCCAGCCCCAAAGGGCUGCUGCCAUCGUGUGUGUCGGCACCUACAAGCAAUACAAACUCUGCAACACCAUUAUGUGUCCUGAAAGCAGCAGAAAUAUUAGAGAGGUGCAAUGUGCAUCAUACAAUAACAAGCCAUUUAUGGGUCGAUUUUAUGAAUGGGAACCUUUUGCAGAAGGAAUGAAGGCAUGUUUGGAAGGAGAAAAGGGUGAUGUUAGUGGUGAUUUUUUGCAGGUAAUAAACUGA